UGGGUAUUCCGUUUAUUAGUGUGACCGAGAAUUUAAAGCGUAUGAAUAACAUUGACGAAGCGUUCUAGGAACGAAACCGCCAUCUCUGAAUUUUUGUCUCGUGGAUUAGUUACAAUCCACACUAAUCAUGAAACUCAUAAGAUUUUUGAUGAAGUUGAGCCAUGAGACAGUGACCAUCGAGCUCAAGAAUGGUACACAAGUCCAUGGAACUGUCACAGGUGUUGAUGUCUGUAUGAAUACUCACCUGAAAGCAGUAAAGAUGACAAUCAAGAACAAAGAUCCCGUGCAGGUGGACACCCUCAGUAUCCGUGGUAACAACAUUCGAUAUUACAUUCUGCCAGACAGCUUACCAUUGGACACGUUACUGAUUGAUGACACACCCAAAGCAAAACAGAAGAAGGGUAGAGAUGGUGCUCCACGAAGGAGAGGACGUACUUGCCCAACAACAAGGAGGUGGUCCUCCAAUUGGAACAGGGGGAAUUCCAGUUGCUCAUACAGCAUGUACUUACAAAUAAGUCAUAGGAAGUUUGUGUGUUAGGUAUUCAAUGUAUAACGAAAGGAUAAUGAACGAUUUAAAUCAACAUAAACGUUUAUUGUUAAAUAAUGAUGAAUGUGAAGUAGGUGAAAUUCACAUGACUGGUAAAUGAUAAGAAACUGACCUCUUCGUACUUGAGACUUUUUAAAAAAGAAGUUAUCUGCCCUUUGUAAAAAUAAGAAAAAUCUAUAUAUUUUUUAAUAUGUGUGUGGUAAAUGAUUGAUUUUAUUAUUAGGGAAAGUGUAUGUAAAUUUCUAAGAAGAGAUUUGUGUGAAAAUUUAAUUUCUUUGAAAAAUAUUUUAAUAAAACAUGCUUUUUCUACAGACUUCAAUGUUAGAUUCAAGGUGAAAUAAAUAGAGCAGUAAACAAAAUUCCUCAAAUUUCUGUGGCAGAUUUUGAUUUGAACCCUUCGAAAUGAUACAGUGAUUACAAAAACCCACCAACCAUUUACUAGAUAUGAAAUAAGGUCGUUGUACAUUGAAUACCUUAAAUAUCUGCUGUUAAAAAGUAUUUUUCAUUCCUUGUGCUGGAUGUUUUUAGAAAAUCAUUGUCUUUCAUAAUUGGGGGGUGUGUGAUGUUGGUGGUAUAUUGCUAUAUUGAAAUGAAUGAAAAUAUAUCGCAAUAUUUUUACUAACUUGAAUUAAAGUGGUGUUCUACAAUUAACAAGAGCAAGCGGUUAUGCGAUACCAUAUAAUUACUGAAUAACAGAUAUUUUGGUCCGAUGUAUAGAUUGACACAUCAGACGUCAAGCACUGUACAUCAGUCAGGACUGACAGUCUGAUGUCUUUCUCAGAGGCUGACAAGUUCUGUAAUGGCUUCAUUAAUUUACUUGAAAUUUAGCAGAUUUUAAAGGUUUUGAAGACCCACAAAACACCAAAAUUAGGCUACUUAAAAA